UCUUUCGACCACGCCUCAGGUCUCUGUUUUAAGAAAUUGCUUUCACACUUCUGUUUGGUGGUGAUGGGAUAUGUCGGAGCAGCUAUCCGUGAGCUUGGUAGAUCCUGACAUUUCAGAGUGGAUCAAACCAGAAAUGGUUUCGCCUGUCACAGUGGUGAAGAGUGAAGGACCCAAGUUGGUGCCCUUCUUCAAGGCCACCUGUGUGUAUUUUGUCCUCUGGCUUCCCACCUCCAGCCCUUCCUGGUUUAGUGCCCUAAUCAAGUGCUUGCCCAUUGUCUGCCUGUGGGUCUUCCUGCUGGCUCAUGGAAUUGGCUUCUUAGUUGCCCACUCCAGUGCCCGAAAGAUCUUAGCAGGUCUGAUCUUUUCAGCGCUGGGGGAUGCCUUUCUGAUCUGGCAGGAGCAAGGCUACUUCAGUCAUGGGCUGCUGAUGUUUGCAGUCACCCAUAUCCUAUACUCCUCAGCCUUUGGGAUGAAGCCGCUCAACCCGCCAGUGGGGUCGGCUUUCGCUGCUGUGUGCGGGGUGAGCUACACCCUGCUCUACCCCUACCUGUCCGGCCCCUUCACCUACCUCGUGGGCAUCUACGUCACUCUCAUUGGGUUCAUGGGCUGGCGGGCCACGGCGGGCGUGCGGCUGGCCGACGACCUGUGGACGUGGACGCAGAUGUCGGCCUGCGUGGGGGCCGUGCUUUUCAUGGUGUCCGACCUCACCAUCGCCGUCAACAAGUUCUGCUUCCCCGUGCCGCACUCCCGCGCCAUCAUCAUGGCCACCUACUACGCAGCGCAGAUGCUCAUCGCCCUGUCCGCCGUGGAGUGCCAGUAUGCUGACGCGUCCCGGAAGAGGGGGUGA